AUACGGCUAGUACCUAAGUUACUAUCUGUGACUCAGGUCAGGGAUUGCCCGCGAAACCCCGCGUGCAGCCUUGGAAGAGCGCUUUAAAUUUCCCAUCCAAAGUUUUCUUCGCUGCUCGAUCAGAUCGCGAAUUGGGACUGGUUCUCUGCCGGUUUCGGCUUUCUUUGAACAUGGUGACCAUCAUUCUUGGUUCCCAAUGGGGGGACGAGGGCAAGGGAAAGCUCAGUGAUAUUCUCUGCCAGAAUGCGCGGGUUUGCGCUCGUGCCGCAGGUGGCCAUAAUGCGGGCCACUCUGUUGUUGCCAAUGGCGUGUCCUACGACUUCCACCUUCUUCCCUCGGGCCUCAUUAAUCCGGAUUGCGUCAGCCUGAUCGGCUCGGGCGUUGUCUUCAAUGCACAGGCAUUUUUCAAGGAGCUUGCCGCGCUGGAGGAGAAGGGACUCAAGCACGCGCGCGAAAACCUCCUUGUUAGCGACCGUGCCCAGGUCAACCUCGAAUUGCACGCCCGUGUCGACGGCCUGGAGGAGAGGGAGCUCGCGAACAAGAAGAUCGGCACGACCGGCCGCGGUAUUGGCCCCUCGUACUCAAACAAGGCCGCCCGCAACGGGAUACGGGUGCACGAGAUCUUCGACCAGGAGCACUUUGAGAAGAAGCUGCGGCACCUGGCGGCCGGCUACAAGAAGAGGUUCGGUGACCUGCUCGAGUACGACGUGGAGGAGGAGAUUGCUCGCUUCCGGGAGUAUCGCAAGAACCUGCCCGAGUUUGUUGUCGAUGCUGUCAACUACAUGCAGAAGGCCCAGGCGAGCGGUGUCGAGAUCCUAGUUGAGGGCGCGAACGCAUUGAUGCUGGAUAUUGACUAUGGCACAUAUCCGUUCGUCACCAGCAGCAACACCGGGCUGGGCGGUGUCAUUACCGGGCUAGCAAUCAACCCAAGGAAGAUCAAAGAGAUCAUCGGUGUUGCCAAGGCGUACACAACAAGAGUAGGCGAGGGCAUCUUCAAGACAGAAGAUGUCGGCGAGGUGGGCCAGAAGCUGCAAGAGAUCGGCCGGGAAUGGGGUGUCUCUACCGGCAGGAAACGGAGAUGCGGGUGGCUAGACCUCGUGGUACUGAAGUACUCGGCGUCGGUCAACUACUACACGGCGUGGAACCUGACUAAACUUGACGUCCUCGAUACCUUCCCGACUGUCAAGGUUGCAGUCGCCUACAAGGACCCUAGCACCGGGGAGCAGCUUGACUACUUUCCGGCCGAUCUCGGGCUCCUCGAGAGGUGCGAGGUCGUCUACAAGGAAUUUGAGGGCUGGCAAACACCGACGACCGCUACGAAGAGAUUUGAGGACCUGCCGUCGCAGGCACAGGCAUACGUCAAGUUCGUCGAGGAGUUCACGGGCGUGCCCGUCAAGUGGAUUGGGACAGGCCCGAAACGUGAGGACAUGAUCUACCUGUGAGCUAGAUGCUCGACUUGGUGGGACGACGGACGAAACCAACCUCGCCAUUCAAUUACUGGCCUCUGAUAUUUCACAUUGAGGAGGUGGAGGGCUACUCCGCCUGAUACCAUGCUUCUAACCACAUCACUCCUCAGAACAACACCGAGAACAGAGACAUAGGUCUCUGACUGAUGUACAGCCGUUAACGACGAUGCUGACAUUGGGAGAAGGAGAGAAGCAAUUAGCGUACCUAGACACACCCGCACAGACAUUGCGUGUAGUAGACAUAAUAGAGCUAUAACCCCAA